AUGUCACCAAUCACCGAUCUACCUACCGAAUUGCUAGAAUACAUAGUCCUCGAUCUUGAAUCCUGCGAUGCUGUCAAUCUGGCCCAAACAUGCAAGACGCUCCACACCGUCGCUCUACCAGCAGCUUACAACACCAUCACCCUGCUUUGGGACAACACAAGCGAAGACGACGAAGACGGAGGGACUGUUGACGGUCGAAAAGGACCCAAGAUACAAGCUUUGGUUCGCACAUUGAAAAAGAAGCCUCAAUACAUCGACUGGGUCAAAAAUCUGGAAUUUUAUGCGGAGAAUUGUCUAGAGUACAAUUUCGAAGACGUCCUCGGCUAUGACUUCCCAAGAAUUGACUAUGAUAUGAAAGAUGAAGAAUGGAUGGACGAGAUGUUCAGUGUCUACGCGGAUCCUAAAGACACAUCGGUUCAGUGGCCCGAGUUAGACGAUGAGCACGCCAGGCACAUGUUGGUUGCGCUGUUGAUUGGUAUUUGCCAAGCUCGUCUCGAAUCUUUGACCAUAGCAUGGGAGUUCUUCCCAUUCAAUCAAUGGUUUCCUACGAUGAUGAAGCAUGGGAUCGGGAAGAAUGCAACAGAAGAUGACGGACCAAAGUGGUUCGCUAACUUGAAAACCGUACGCGUUGAGUUGGAAGAGUCGGAUAUGGCCGAAACGUGGGGACAGAAUUUUUUGGAACCACAAGGCACUCUACUGCUCUUCUUCUACCUGCCAGUGGUUGAAUCGCUCCAAAUUGUUGCGUGUUCGAAGAGAGACGACUAUGGCAACGUAAGCAGCGGGGAAGAGGGAGUUGAUCUCUCAUUUGAGUGGCCACUAGCAUUACCUCCUGUUCCGCAUACACUGACUACUCUGCGCCUUGUUCGCUCUUCGAUGGAUCCACUCACCAUUCAUCAUCUGCUCAGGCAGGCUACGAAUCUCAGGGUCUUUGAAUACGACUGCUAUGCACACCCACACUUCGCGCCUCUACAGUUGUCGAUUUUGAAGGACGCACUGCGACAUAUUCACUCUACGCUUACCGAUCUAAUUGUGCGCUACCAACACUACAAUUCCAGAUUAGCAUAUAACCCUGCACAUGAAACUGAAAACGCAGUGGGGGGCAGCCUAGGUCCUUUGCACGAUUUCCCCGUGCUCACCAACUUGACCAUAUCUUUCCCAGUGCUGUUCGGUACCGAGGCCGUUGCUCUAGACAGUACAGCUAGUCUUACGGAAUUUCUUCCCGCGACCCUAGAGACCUUGACAAUUACGGACGAUCUCUGGGAGUACCAAGAUCUACAAGGGAGAUUCGAAGAUGUCCAUGCCAUGGCUUUCUUCAGACAAUACCUUGCUGGUGAAAGACCGAGUAGGUCGCUGAAAAGAUUAGAACCGUACACGAUUGUGACGACCAGGGGGAAAGUAGAUCUAGACAAGGUAGAGAAUGGCGUUCUUUGGGUCCAAGAUCGGGAACCGGAGUGGAAGGUCGCAACACCCCGGUUGAAGAAGUUGACAUAUGAUUUGACAACAUUGUGCUGUGGGUACUGGCAUUUGUCGAAACCUAGAGAGCAGCUACUGGGGUUAUGUGAGAGUCAAGGGAUCGAGGGCGAAGUUUUACUAUGGUCUCUUAACUCAUACCACAAUUUACAAAUUUAUGGGUGGCGAUGA